GUUCUCAAACUCUCGACACGCAACUCCAAAUUUAUUUAGCCCAGAAGACGUUUCUCAACGAUUCUCGAUACAAAAUUCGUUCUUCUAAGUUCAAGAUUAUUAGGAUAUCUCGGAAAUUUUGCAGAAAAAUGGGUGAUCAAAUAUCACCCGUCAUCAGAGACAGAGAUCGAGAGCUGCUUCUACCCAUCGCCAACACCCCUGAUGACCAACAAGUAUCUCCAAAACCCCCGUCCUCUGCAACUCCCUUCUCUCAUCACGCCGGCCGUGAGACUUUCUCCAAAGUUCUUCAAAGCUGGGCAUCUAAAAAAUUCAUGACUGGAUGUGUGAUCCUAUUACCAUUAGCUAUUACUUUCUACAUAACAUGGUGGUUUAUACAUUUUGUGGAUGGUUUCUUCUCUCCUAUCUAUGCUCAACUUGGCAUAAAUAUAUUUGGUCUUGGGUUUAUAACUUCGGUGACAUUCAUAUUUGUGGUGGGGAUCUUUAUGUCAUCAUGGUUGGGUGCAUCUGUCUUAAGCCUUGGUGAAUGGUUUAUCAAAAGAAUGCCAUUUGUUCGCCAUAUUUAUGAUGCCUCUAAGCAAAUUAGUGCUGCAAUAUCUCCAGAUCAAAAUACACGAGCUUUUAAGGAAGUUGUGAUUAUGAGGCAUCCUCGUGUUGGUGAAUAUGCAUUUGGGUUCAUUACUUCAUCCUUCAUUCUCCAGAGUUAUUCGGGGGAUGAAGAGUUGUUUUCGGUGUAUGUCCCAACAAAUCAUCUUUACAUUGGUGAUAUAUUUUUGGUGAAAUCAAAAGAUGUUAUUAGACCAAACUUAUCUGUUCGUGAAGGAAUUGAAAUUGUGGUAUCUGGUGGCAUGUCAAUGCCACAAAUUUUAACGACAUUUGAUUUGGCCAUUAAAGAGUAUGGACCUAGAAACAACAGAAGCUGAGGAGUAUGUGAAUAUUUUAGAUUCUUAAGUUAAUUAUGUUUUGCACUUGAUUAAAAAAUCUAACAAAGAUCAUGUAGACAAAUGUUUUGUUAUUGAAUUUAGGGUUAUAAUUUUGUGAUUCUUGUGGUUUGAUUUUGGUGUUAUAAAUUAGUUAUAUCGCUAUGGAGGUUGAUAAUGUUUUAUUGAGG